UGCCCCGGGGAUUGGAGAACCUCUUCUGAAGCCCGGAAGAGGAAGGAGGCCUUCCUGCCCGAGGGGUGAAGAAAACGUGUGGGGAUGGAGAGCAGCUGGAAAGGCAUCCCGACCACACUGGUUGUCCUGGCUGGGCUGGCAGCUUCUGGAUCCAGCUAUCAAAUCAUAGAAGGUCCCAAGAAUGCAACGGUGCUGGAGGGCUCGGAGGCUCGCUUCAACUGCACCGUCUCUCCGGGCUGGAAGCUCAUCAUGUGGGCUCUGAAUGACACGGUGGUGCUGAGCAUCACACCCACAGAACCCAUCAUCACCAACAAGCGCUUUACCUCUGCCAGUUAUGAAGAGGGCGGCAACUCCAUCUCUGAGAUGAUAAUCCAUGACGUGCAGCUCGGGGACGCCGGGCGCAUCAAAUGCAGCCUCCAGAACAGUGACCGGGAUGCCUCUGCCUUCCUUUCCAUCCAAGUUAUGGGGGAGUUGCUCAUUCCCAGAGGCGACCUUAUAGUCACUGAGGAUAAACCCUGUAAUGUGACUUGUCAUGCAUUGGGCUGGAUCCCUCUCCCGGAUAUUUCCUGGGAGAUCGGCGUUCCGUUGAGCCACUCAAGCUAUUAUUCUGGUCUGGAGCCCAACGACCUCCAAAGUGCAGUGAGCGUCCUGACUCUCACGCCACAGGGCAACGGGACUCUGACAUGCCUGGCUAACAUGAAGGGCCUGAAUGCCUACAAGUCUGUAACUGUGAAUCUUACUGUGGUUCAGCCUUCUUGGGGCAGCAUUGAUAAAGCAGGGACACCCUUGCCUACCUGGGCCAUAGCUCUGCUUGCAGUGUCCCUGUCACUGCUUUUCAUUCUGAUAAUUGUUCUGAUUAUAAUAUUCUGCUGUUGCUGUGUCUCCUCAAGACAAGAGAAAAAAGAGUCUAGUUAUCAAAGUGAAAUAAGUUGCUUACUGGUGAUGAUGUAG